AAUUUAAGUAAGUUUUUUCUUUUAUUAUUGGCAUAUUGACCUUGUCUUAGCGGUUUAAGUAAAAAAAAAGCUAAGAAAAAACUAUUAUAGCUACCACUGCAUUUAAUGUUAAGCUUGAAAACUAUUCUAAAAAAUCACCAUGCAAAGUUUCCUAACAGCUCAAUACUAUGCAAAGCCUGACGGCGAAGACUAUUCUGGUAAAAUGUUUGCAACCAACAGAUAUGCUUUGCAAGCUGGAUUUGCUGCUGGUGUUUUUGACGUCAUAAUGUAUUCACAUCCCAAAGGAUAUUUACCAACUCUCUCGCGUCUGGCUUGGUAUGCGGGCCCGGCAGUCGGUAUGGCUUCAGCUUUCACAACAGCAACUUAUGCAGCGACAAAACUUCGCGGAAAGGAUGACAAACUCAACUACGCCAUCGGUUCAUGUGCAGCUGCAGGUGUUUUUGGAGCAUGGCAGCGCAAUGCUGUUGCUGGAUGGUCUAUGUGUAUCUUCUUCUCAAUUGCUGGAGCUUUAAAGAAAUUAUCAAUCGAGGAAGGUUGGCGAUUCAUCCCUGAAAAUUCACUUCGGACUCGUGUUUGGGGAAGUGAGAAAACAGCUCGCAAUGAUUGGACUCUUUUCCCUGACAUGGAGAAAGGAUGGACGACAGGAAAGGAUUAAAAAUUGUCUCAUAUGCUUUAGAUUCAAAGAAAGAAAUUAAAAAAUUGAUUUAAAACAAAAUUUCGUUGCUUGUUGUGACUUCUUUUAUUCU